AUGUGUCUCAAAGAUGAUAGCCUAGAUCUAUCUCAUUAUGUCUCUGCACCUGAAAUAUUUAAUGAUUCUUUGUACAAAAGUAGCAGAGCAGAACUUAAGCUCAUGACAGAUAAGGAUGAGUAUCUGAUAGUUGAAAAUAGAAUUCGUGGAAGAAUGACAAUGGCAAGUUAUCGAUAUGCCAAAUCAAAUAAUCUGCAAUGUCCAGACUAUGAUCCUAAAAUUUUGGGUAAAGUGAGUUCAGAGGAAGUACUAGAUAUCCAAAGUAUCGCGCCUGAUGCAGAAAUAGGCUAUAUGCUUGAACUUGAUCUAGAAGCUCCAGUGCACUUGCACGAUUACUUUGUAGAUUAUCCUUUAGCAUCAGAAAAGCAAAUAAUACCAGAAAACUGGCCUAGCCUAUAUAAUGAAAGAUUAGUAAAUAAUAAAGAAGUUAGAAAUGGAAAAUAUGUAUUAGAAGAGAAGUUGGUUACAAAGAUUCAUAGCACUCUCAAGUUUAAGCAGUCUCCAUGGAUGAAAGACUAUAUUGAGAAAAAUAUUCGCAAGCGUAAAAUUGCUAAAGCUAAUAGGAAUAAAGAUCGAGCAGAAAGACCAGAUAUUUUUGAUCUUAACUAUUCAGGAGACUUAUUUCUAAUGAAGGAUGAGACAAAGGGAAGCCCAAUAGGCGAAUCAGUAUGUUUAAAGCCAAAGAUAUAUUCAGUCCUUCUAGCAAGCCAUGAUCCUAAAACUUCUGAUGACCCAGAUUCUGAAGAUCCUAAAAAGAAGCAUGGCAUUCAGAAGGCAAAGGGUGUUAAGAAAUACGUGGUUAAAAAGGAGCUUCAAUAUGAUAAAUUUCUAGAAUGUCUUAGGAAUAAGAAACUAACUCAGCAUGAUAUGAUAAAUAAGAUAGGGCUGAAUCCAUAUGAUAACAAGCGCUGGAUCUUACUUGAUGGAAUUCGAACUCUCCCAUAUAGAUAUUGGCGAAUUGGACUAUAUAAAUGUCUGGUAGCAUCCGAAAUAGCUCUUGAGGAAGCAGAAGAAAGGGCUAUGAAAGUUAGACUUCGUGUCAAGGAAUAG